AUGUCCCCCCUACACCUAAGCUUUUACUCAGCCUUCACCUUAAGCAGCCUAGGGCUAGCAUUCCACCGAACCCACUUAAUCUCUGCCUUACUAUGUUUAGAAAGCAUAAUACUAUCCAUAUACAUCGCCCUAUCAAUCUGACCCAUCGAAAAUCAAGCAACAUCAUCCACACUAAUACCAGUAUUCAUACUUGCAUUCUCAGCCUGUGAAGCAGGCAUAGGCCUAGCAAUAUUAGUAGCCUCCACACGAACCCACGGUUCAGACCACCUACACAACUUAAACCUACUACAAUGUUAA